AUGAAGAAGAAUACACUCUUUCUAUUUGAUGUAGAUGGAACACUGAGCGAAAGCAGGGCGCAAGCACCGAGAUUCAUAAUGGAGAUGCUGAGAGAGCUGAAGACACGAGUGAAAAUUGCAUUUGUGGGCGGGUCUGACCUGACGAAACAGAAGGAGCAGCUGGGGGAGGACGUGCUUGUCAUUUUCGACUACGGCUUCCCUGAAAAUGGCGUACAAUUCUACGAGAACGGUCUCCUGGCUUCGAGUGAAUCAUUCAUAGGGUGGCUUGGGGAAGAAAAGUUCAAGAAGCUGGUGAACAAGUUUCUGGCGGUGUUAGGAAGGACCGAUUGUCCGAAAAAGAGGGGGACAUUCAUCGAGACCAGAAACUCGAUGAUCAACGUGUGUCCGAUUGGAAGAAGCUGCACCAAGAAGGAGCGAAAGGAGUUCAACGACUUUGAUGGGAUUGAGAAAGUGAGACAGAAAAUUGUGGACGAAGUGGCGCCAUUUGUGGACGAGAUGGACGUGGCCUGUUCGAUAGGCGGGCAGAUUUCGAUCGAUGUCUUCCCGAAGGGGUGGGACAAGACGUACUGCCUGAAACAUAUCAAGGAGACUGAAAUCUACUUUUUCGGUGACAUGACUCACAAGGGUGGAAAUGACUACGAGAUCUUCAUGCACCCCAAAGUCAAGGGACUCACCGUCUCUGGGCCAGUUGACACGCUCAUGGGCGUAAACGAUGUUUUAAAGAAAAUUGGGGAGCCUGAAAUACGCAUAAACGAAUAA